CGAUGCUGAGCCUGCGACGUUAGCGGUGGAUGGGGGAAAAAAAAAAUCUCCCUCUUUGCUCCAGCCAACAGACGCAUCAUUUGGAAGGGAAAUAAGUCAAGGCCAGAAGUUUUGUCUCCUGGAACCCCGGCAGAACCACUGAGGACCCGCAUCAAGUGCAAGAAGAGCAAAAGAACCAACUAAUUUUGGUGUACAACAUCCACCACCUGUCGACCACAGCGGGAACACCGUCCCUCACCGGAAAGUCUUCAUAAAGGAUAGGAUACACUGCACUUUUUUAUCUUAAUAAAUACAGCUGAGGAUUGAGAGGCAGAAAGGAAGAGAGGAACCAGAUUCUCCAUUAUUCCAAGGGUCCAUCGAUUUGAGUCGCUCACAGCUGACAUCUACAGAGAGAGUAUGAGGACAAGCUGUGUUACCCCACACUGCAGCCCAACAAGAUAUGACAUAACAUGGGUCCCCUGUUAAACACCAUGAUUACCAUAAAGCUGUGACUGGCAUUGUGAAGCCCUCACCCCUCUUCAGCACCCGACCCGGAGCCUUCUCCUCUUUGGAAAUCCUUCCUAGCAACCUUUGUUGCUUCCCUUUCUCCUACAAACACAACCUCCUUUCCUGUCGCCCUUUCUCUCCUUAAUAAUCACUAAUUCCCCUCUUUCUCAUUUCUCAUUUUCUUCAACAUCAUGCAGGGUACUUCUACCACCUCCAGUCUCCUUCUUCUUAUCCUUCCUUCCCUCUUAUUCCUCUCCCACUUCCCCAACACGGUCAACGGGGACUGCUGGCUCAUUGAGGGGGACAAAGGCUACGUGUGGCUGGCUAUCUGCAGUCAGAACCAGCCGCCAUACGAGACUAUCCCCCAGCACAUCAACAAUACGGUCCAUGACUUGAGAUUGAAUGAGAACAAGCUGAAAGCUGUGCUCUUUAGCUCCAUGUACCGCUUUACCAACCUGACAGACCUCAACCUCACCAAGAAUGAAAUCAGCUAUAUUGAGGACGGAGCCUUUGCAGGACAAGCCAACCUACAGGUUUUACAGCUGGGCUACAACAAGUUGACAAAUUUAACUGAGGGUAUGAUGAGAGGGCUUGGCCGAAUGCAAUGCCUCUUCCUCCAGCACAACCUCAUUGAGGUUAUUGCCAGCAAUGCAUUCUGGGAGUGCCCCAGCCUCAGCAGCAUUGACCUGUCAUCCAACAAACUUGCCCGCAUUGACCCAUCUACAUUCACAGUUCUCGUUCGGCUGAUGGUGUGUGAACUGGCAGCAAAUCCAUUCCACUGUGGCUGUGAUCUUUACAGCUUCCUAACCUGGUUGGAGUCCUUCAACAAUGUCACACACACCUAUGACCGCCUCCAGUGUGAGACACCCCGGGAGAUGUUUGGCUACCCCUUACUGAGUCCUGUUGCUGCGGGACAUGCCGGUCGGAAUGCCAAAAACAUUUUGUACCAUCACUGCCGAGACGGAGUGAUGAUUCCAGGGAUGACCUCUCUCCCACCAGAUCUGGACGGUCCCUCUGGGAUCGGACCAGAGAUGUUUGGUGGUGUGGGACCAUACCACCAGCCCACCACCUCUUCAUCAUCUACUGAACUCGUCAUUCCCAGCAUCAAGCUCCAUCAUGUCUCUUUGUCAUCAGCCUCUCUCCUUGUGCAGAUUCCAAGGCCCUACAGCAAAAUGUAUAUUCUAACACAAUACAACCACACAUUUGUGUCUGAUGUCAUGAAUUUGAAGAACAAGAAGGAGAUGAUCACGCUCAACAAGCUCAAGCCACACAAUAAUUACACUUUCUGUGUAGGAUCCAUCCGCAACUCUCAACGUUACAACCACACCUGCCUUCAGUUUUCUACUCGGGCUCAGAAUCAAGAUGACAUGCUCCCCACACCUUCCACCACUACUCACUACAUAAUGACCAUUGUGGGCUGUCUUUUUGGCAUGCUCAUUGUUUUAGGCUUCGUCUACUAUUGUCUACGUAAAAAACGGAUGCAUGAUGAGAAGAAGAAGUCCAUCUGUGUCAAGAAAACAAUACUGGAAAUGCGCUAUGGACCAGAGGUGGCAGCAGCAGUGGCAAAUGAUCCAUCAGCGGUCCAUAAGCUUCAGGAGCAGUCCAGAGACCAUCACCAGUAUCAGCACCACCACGGAGGCAAACUUCCAAUGUCCACCUCCUCUAGUUCGGGAAUGCUCCACUCAGCCAACACCAGUUCCUCCAGACUUUCCUCUAUCCCACAAGUGGAAAAGAUGGCCACUGCCUUUUCAGAGGCCAUGGCUACAAGUAAAGGAAACUAUAUGGAUAUCAGAACUGGAGGGGCAGGUAUGGAGAGGGUGGGAGAUGGUGGGCAUGGAGGGAUGAGGGGGGAAGACUUGAGGGACGAUGAUGGAACUGAUGUUGGGGAUGACUCAGAUGAUGAUGGACAUGGCUCUGCAUCAGAAAUUUCAACCAUUGCCAUGGAGGUAGACAAGGUUAACCAGAUCAUUAACAACUGCAUUGAUGCACUGAAAUUAGAUGCAGCAGCAGUUGCUGCUUCUGGGGCCUCUACUAACCCUACAAUCUCCUCCAAUCCCACCUCCCCUCCCCCCACCAGUGCAUCCUCCCUUACUCGUGGCCUAAUCCCACUCUCCCAAGGGGUGACAGAGACUUGCCAGGUCAUUGCUCCCAACAAAAUACCCCCUCCACCUCCACUCCCUGCCUUGAAUGCUCCUCUCUCUGAGCGCCCAGGGAUCAGUGGUGGUGGCUUUGUUGUCACUCCUCCCUACAGGCCCCCUCCACCAGCCACUGCUGUACGUCCCAUUCAGCGGCAAAUGAGUGCAGAUGCAGCUGUGGUUAUUGUCAAUGCUGUCAAGAAACAGUGCAGCACCACCUCUUGUGGCUCCAUGGGUCGGGACAGGGAACGUGGAGGAGCAAGGGUGUAUAGCCUGGAUGUUCCUGAGCCAAGGAGUCCGGAUGCGUGUAAUCAACAACAGCAGCAGUACCCAGACAGGGCCAGUCCCGUGGGCUGUGGGGAGCCCCUAGAGAGGCUGCCUUUAGUGGGGAGCGGGAGCUGUGGUGGAGGGGGUGGUGGUGGUUGCGACAGUGGUGGUGUUGGUGCUCAACAUCAGGACAGCCAGAAGCCACACCAUUACCAUCAACAGCAACAAAUGCAGCAACAGCAGCAGCAGCAGCAGCUAGAGGUGCAGCAGGACUACCACUGCUCGGAGCACCGCCACUCUGUCCCAGCUCUCUACUAUGAAAGCUCCCACCAGGGCUCCCCAGCCCAGAGGGUUUCCUUUCUAAAGCCUCUGACGCGCUCACGCAGGGAUGCAGCAUCUUACUCCCAGCUUUCACCUGCCCGCCACCAUUCCAGUUACUCUGGCUACUCCUCCAGCCCAGAGUACUCCUCAGAGAGCUCGCUGAGGAUCUGGGAGCGCUUUCGUCCCUACCGGAAAGGCCAGCGCGAUGAGGCCUGUUAUGUGACGGCUGGAAAUGCCCUUCGAAAAAAGGUGCAGUUCGCCAAAGGCGAGGACCUGCAUGACAUCCUUGAUUACUGGAAGGGUGUGUCAGCACAGCAAAAGCUGUGACUGUGGGACCAGAGUUAAGUAUUGUGGGAGAAAGAGUUUGGAUACUUCUUUUCCUGAUAGGCCUGUGGGCCAAAGAAAACCAUCUGAAGUUUAUGGGGAGAAAAAUGUACAACAAAAUUUUGCCUUUGGGUUUUUUUGGCAUGCUGUAUAGAGUAUUGUGCUAAGAGCAAGGACUGUGAAACUGUGCCUGGGAUAUGAGAGUAAUUAUGGUGUUUUAUUUUACACUUCAUUGUAGCCCCAUUUCUGGAUCAUUCUCAUUUAGUGUUUGUGGGUUUUAUUUAUAGCACAGGGAGCAAAUGCCAACUGUGUAAUUCAGUACUCUUUGAGUGGUCACAUUUUUAGAUCUUAUGGACCAUCUUUAUCAGUGCCAUGUUUCCAUCUAUGGGUAAUCACAGAUGGUAAAUGUUGAUACCCUUCACUUUAAGCUUGUGUGAUCCAAGAUGUUGUUUCUUAUUUUGUAUUGAGUGCUGUAUCAAUUUUGCACUGUGUAUUUGGAUAUGUUUAGGCUCCUAAGUGAAGGUAGACUCAGACAAGGUGGGAACUGCGCUCUGUUAUGAGUGACAACACGCUGAUCAGAGAACAGAUUUGUCAAAUGCAGGCCAUAUCUCUCUUCCAUGAGAUCCUUCAUGCAGCGGAGGUAUUUGCAUUUCAAUAGUAUCUGUCACACAGAAAGAAAGGAGAAAUUGGAAAAAAAUGAACAAAUGAACAACGAAAAGACAGUCAAGUGUGCUGGAAGGUCCUGCAGCAUAAGGAAAUCAUGAGAGAGAGAUUAAAGUGGAACCUUAGCCUAAAAUAAUGCUGUGAUUGCACCCUGAGGUGUUUCGCACAUCUUUCCAACUUACACUCUUCCAUGGUUCAUUGAGUGAUGUAAAGAACCUCAUCCCGAACUGUCCUAAACAGCAUUUGCCCAAGUAAUGAUCAAAAUUGUGAGUGUAAUUUGAAAGAGUAAAGAGGACAAAAUAAGGUUCCCUUUAUGAAGGUAAUUAUAUGCUACUUACCCGAUAGUGUACAAUAGGGACAUUUAACUAAGUGACAGAUGAGCAAUCCCCUUACAAAAAGACAUGACAGAUUCAACCCAUAUGUGAGACAGACUAAGAGAAAUUGAAAGCGAGAGGGGGUAUGAAAGAAAAAAUGGGAAGAAAAGAAUUUUUUUGCAUCCACUGUGAAUGUAAGUAGAUUACCAGCAGGUUAAUGGGAAAUCUCUUUGCAUCAUUCAAUGUGAGCACCACAGUACAUUCCAAAUCCUUUCUCUUACAUCAACACUGAAUGAGGCACAGAGGGAAAGGACACUUCUAAUUACUGCCAACGUGUCUGUUCUGUUCUGGAAAUUAAUAUUCUUGUUGUCUAUUGAUAACUUAAUUAGCCAACUUGUGACAGGCAUGUUUGCUUGCACUUUACGCCUCAUGAUUGUGUGUGGCUGUGUGGUACACAGUAGUCAGUGUAAGUGGGUUGUUGGCAUGCCUUGUCAGAUUAUAUUGUAUAUGCCCAAACUGACUUAAAUUAAUAGUUGUCAAUAUUUUGCCCAGUGGCUGGUUGUCUGAGUCUAAACAAUAGUAGAUUAUUAAUGGCAUGGACAAGUGUACAAAUAUCAACGAUGUUCAAUGUAUUUUCCCAGACACAUCACAUGAAUGUGAUGCUUGGAUAUACCACAGUAGCAUAGUGCCUCUUGCUAACACAGCCAUGAUCUAAUCUCCAUUCAUGUAUCGUAUUAUCAAGUGUCAUUGCCUGGCAUUCUGACAAAGGGCAUCCUGCUUACCCAAAGUGCUGUGUAGCUGUUAAAAUUACACAUCAUCAGCAAACAUACACAAUCUGAGACAUCCUCCCCUAAAAAUGUGAAAACUGAAAUGAGUUGUGCUUGCUCCACUCUUUUUGUUCACGGCUAUUGAAGAGAAAAGCAGUUAUCAUGACAGGUUUAAUUUCAGGAGGGUUUUUAUCCUCACUUGUUUACUGUAUUGAUGUUCAUUUGGCCCGCCCUCCCUGCUCCCACAUGUCCAAUGGGAUAUAGAUUUGGCAUGAGCAGGUUCCUACUGAAAUGACCUGCUCUGUGCUAUUAAAUUAGAAAGGUUAGAAACUGCCUUUUUUGCAGAUAGGACCUGGCUCUGUACAGCACAUAUCAAAGUUGUUUUACUUCUCUUUUCUUUUUUUUUUUCCUUUUUUUGAAGGGUUGACCUUUAGCAUGUGGUUGACUCUUCUCAGUAAAUGCAGUUUGAACAGCGAUGAGUAUGCAAAUGUUAAAGGGUGGUGUGUAAUGGUAUCUGCACAUUGAUCUGUGUACUGUAUUUAUUCCUUCCUGUUUGUUUUCAUGAAACAUCUAUCUCUGUCUCUUCCCCCCUCCUGUUUUAUUAAGAUGUGUGCAUACAGUCAGGGUCAGAGGUCAUAUCCCUUGGAGUCAGUGUUGUGCUGUGAGCGUUUGCCAUUGACUGGACCACAUAAGAUCAAGGGCCUCACUGUCAUCUUUUAGUAAUAACAUGUCUGGGAUGCAUCACCUCAUCAGCCUUCUUUAUAUGAUAAAGCACCGUAUGAUGAACAUACAGUCUUGGAAAUUUAUUAUCUGAGAUAACAAAGUUUCUAAAGGGACUUGUUGCUAUGAUUGACUCAGACUUUCACCAAAUCAGAUGAAAGGAUUUUCUCAAUCCCACAGAAGGAACUCGCUGUGUUUAACUCCCCAGAUCCUCAACUGCCAUAACAAGUUUACAGAAAUGGACACUGAGGAUAAGUGCAACAGCAAAUUCAGAGAUGUUCAGUAAGAUCAGGAUUGCUCACCAUUUCAGUUGCAGUUAAUGUUCGACUACCUGGCAAAAUAUAAUGUGAAAAUUCUAAUUCUUACUGUUUUCAUUGUUUUUAAUUAACACAUUUAACACUAAUGUAUUAUUCAGGAAAUUGAUUUUCAGGGGACAGAUGCAUGUUCAAGUGCUCUUCUGCUCAAACUCUCUCUGGUGAUACAGCAUUACUGGCCCAACUGAGAACAUCUUCAGUGCUGGUGUGAGAAGUGCCAAGUUUUCUAUUGAUUUAUAAUCAUUGUUUUCACCGUAGCUCAAAUAAGUGUUAUUUCAGAAGUUUUUUUUCGGGGGGGGGGGGCAUUGUGUUUUUCAACAUCAAUAAUUACUUGAAAGCCUGCUGCCAAAAUAACCACGAGAGAGUCAUGUAAAAUGGAAAUGAAGACACAAGUACACACAAUUCAAAUUUGUCAAUUUUGAAGCAAUUUUCAAACAACAGUAAAAACCAUAUUCGUAUAAAAAGAUGCUGACUUUUUGUUUUCCCAAAGUGGUCAGUGCUGCACUCCCAAAUCAACCUCUUCUCUUUAUUAUUAUUGCCAAUUUCUUUGCAAUAAUUGGUGAUUUAGACCAAACAAUUGCAUCAUUUGGGGUUGGAGUCUGAGGGGUAAUUAAUAACACUUUUUUUUUUUUUUUUCUUUCUUUGUUUUUUUUGGCUAUUAGAGAAUUGAGGAUGCAGUUAAAAUCUACAAUUCUCACUAUCCAGGAUUAAAGCAUUCAGUUAAACAGAGUACACGCUUGGGUAAUAGCCAGCUCAAAUAAUUUACCAGCUGAAUUAUUUAAAAAACUUUUAAGCAGGACCAUAGAUAUUUCUCAAAACCUUAGUAAUGCCAUUAUACCUGUUUUUUUUGUUUUUGUUUUUGUUUUUUAGUUUUUUUUUCUUGUCCCACAAGGCCAGCAUCAAACAAAAAACCCCUCUCUUAUAUCUCAGUUUAUUUCCUCGCCGUUCCCCUGGAGGGUGGCUCACUCAGAGAUCGAUGGUCCUUUUUGUAGCACCAUCCUUGUUGUUUGUCUCAGAGCCACAGCAAAGCCAGGCAUGAGAAAGCCAUCUAAUGUGCUAUUAAUGUUUAAUCCUUUUGUAGGAGGCUGGCUCGGGUUGCUACCCCUAUCUCUGCGUAAGCCCGGAAAAUCAUAGACGCUUUCAGUUUCUAACAUGUUAAUCCUUUGAUGCCGUCUCAUAUUAAAAGCCUGCCCCAAUUAAACUAAACUCUGGUUUCUUAAAUAAUGAAUCAGAGUUCAAAAUGGGGUGUGGAUUUAUGUCUAAUCAGUUUCUAAAUUACUAAAAGAGUUAAAUGCUUCCAUUAGUAAAGACCACAGUAAAACGUUUCAGUCUUCCCAUGACAGAGUGAACUUUUUACCCAUUUGAUCCAUCCUCGAAGUACUCUCAGUCAAAGUGAGACAUCGCUCUAAUGAGUGAUCAUCAUCAUUUAAUGGCAAUCUGACGAUGCAAUAUUAAUACCAAUUAGGAAAUAUACAAAAAUCAGUAUCAUUCUUUUGCUUGAUCUUUCACCGUCUCAUAAUGACAAGAAAAAAAUGUUUAUAUAUGAAAGGCAUCCCCUGUAUAUUAUGAGCUAUAAUAUCCAUUGACUGAUAACACAGGGCCAGCCUUAUCAUAUGGUACAGGUGUACACAAGGUGGUAGAUCAAGACCCAGGCAACAAGAGGGAAUUUUAAAGAAUUGAAUAGUGUAGAAUUGUUAAAGAAAGCAAAGUAAUAUAGGCUACAGGAAAACAGACAUAUAUUGAAUAACGCAUAUCAACUUAUGGCAACUUAUACCACACAGAAAUCAUUCUUUUCUUGUUGAUUAUGCAGCACAUUAGAGUGAUCUUUAAAUUUUUUUUUCCUCCCCCUACUCCCCUCCCCAAGUCACAUACACACAACAAGAGCAAAAAUGGAACAUAAAAACGUGAGUCAGAAUGAGUCACAGUGUGACUAAACUAAAAUGACUCUUCUCCUGAAAGCCAGGUAAUGGGCAGAGUCUGCAAAGAGAAGAGAGCAAUUAGAGAGGGUUUUUUUUUUUUUUUGGCUGAAUGCAGGCAGGCAGGCAUCUGGGAUAAAAGAUAUGGUGGCACGGUGAAACUAAAACUUCCCAUGCAUGAAUCAGUGCACUGCUUCACAUGAAUCGUAACACACACACACACACACACACACACACACACACACACACACACACACACACACACACACACACACACACACACACACACACACACACACACACACACACA